AUGAGCGAAUACUGGGUCUCCAAAAAGCGCUACUGGUGCAAGUACUGCGACAUCUACAUCGCCGACGACGCGCCCUCCCGCCAGCACCACGAGGGCGGCCUCCGCCACAAGGGCAACGUCGAGCGCUUCAUCCGCAAUCUCUACAAGACCGGCGAGAAGCGCAAGAAGGAUGCAGACGAGGAGAGGCGCGAGAUGGCCCGGAUCGGAAAGGCAGCAGAAGCGGCAUACGCACAAGACGUCGCCGGCGGCCUCGCCAAAGGCUCCUCAGCGCCCGGUCCCUCUGCGUCAUCCUCUGCUGCAGCGAGAAAGCCGACUAAACCCUCGAACCCAUACGCGGAUUACACGACCGCCGCGCAGCUGGGGUACGAGGACCCCGACGCGGCGCGGCUCGAGGCCGAGCUCGAGCAGCGGCGCACGGAGGGUAUCGUCGGGACAUGGGAGACUGUCGAGUCGCAUUCGCCCACCCCUGUGCCUGCUCAAGACGCAGGAAUAGCAGAGGGGGAUGCAGUGAUGGGAGCAGCGGACGGAGAAGGCGCAGUAGCAGCAGCGGGGACGAAACGCGAGGCGUCACCACCAGCAGAGGAGGAGGACGAGCGCAGCUUCAAGAUCCGCAAGAAGACGACGCGCUCGGGGCUCGGCGAGAUAUACGACCCCGGGAUGAUACCUGUCAAGCUCAAGCCCAAGAAGGAGUCGCCACCUACUGAACCUCCGGCUGCCGCUACCUCUGCUACCUCUGCGCCAGACGCGACUAUCAAGGCUGAAGUCAAAGCCGAGGACGCCGCUGCCACUGCGGGCGACGGCUCGCCAAAAGUGGGCAAAAUCCAAUGGAAACGCGCAGCGUUCACGCAGGCCGCCGUCGAGCCGCAGAGAUACGUCCCGCUCUCUCCCGAGCCCGCGUCCGACGGGAUCAAGAAGGAGGAGGAGGAUGAAGAUUCGAACACGGUUGUGGUUGACGGCACGGCGACGACCAGGGACACAACGAACGGCGUGAAGAAAGAGGAAGAAGGGGCCUCUCCCAGCCUUGCUCUCCCUCCUGCGGCGGAGGAGCCAGCGCCGGCGAAGAACCUCUUCAGGAAGCGCAAGGUGCCUGCUGGAGGUGCGGGGCGGCGGGGUAUGUGAGCGUGCGUACGCGUCGUGCUGUUUAGGCGCCCAGGGGGUUGGAUAUAUGCGCAUGCUCCGAUACCUGCAUCAUGAGCAACGUUGCUGCAAAUUUACUGCUGCGAUGCGGCAGCGAACAGCGAACAGUGGUCAAUCACGCUCAGUCUCGGCAGGCUGCUCAAGUCGGGUUGAACCGUGGCUAUCCGCGUGCUAGGCGGUCGUCUCAUUCGAGCCGAGACGUGUGGCAAUUGGCUGGAGAACACACGCAAUCAUCGCGAUAGGGGAGACGUACGGUGCCGAUGACAACGGCCUUCUUUCCCUUGUAUUUCUUUGCCCCAGUGUGGACACCCGGGUGGUACACCUCGCCAUUGAACAUUGAACUUUUCAUGCCCGGAAAUUCGGAGGAUAUGAGACGUGUGCUGCG